AUGAUGAAGCCACAGGGCAAGCGAUCAACUGUGAAAGGCAUCGUUCUUCUUUUUCGUGAGGAGCGAAUCAACGCAGACGUCGAUCAGACCGAUAUCUAUGUUUCUUUGCCCAUUGUUUAUCUAUCUAUCUAUCUAUCUAUCUAUCUAACUAUCUAUGUCUUUUCGUUAUCUAUGUUCAUUUGUUCAUUAUCUAUCUAUCUAUCUAUCUAUUAUCUAUCUAUCUUUUUUCGUUAUCUAUGUUUCAUUUAUUCAUUAUCUAUCUAUCUAUCUAACUAUCUAUGUCUUUUCGUUAUCUAUGUUUCUUUGUUCAUUAUCUAUCUAUCUAUCUAUCUAUCUAUCUAUCUAUCUAUCUAUCUAUCUAUGUCUUUUCGUUAUCUAUGUUUCUUUGUUCAUUAUCUAUCUAUCUAUCUAUCUAUCUAUCUAUCUAUCUAUCUAUGUCGUUUCGUUAUCUAUGUUUCUUUGUUCAUUAUCUAUCUAUCUAUCUAUCUAUCUAUCUAUCUAUCUAUGUCUUUUCAUUAUCUAUGUUUCUUUGCCCAUUGUUUAUCUAUAUCUAUCUAUCUAUCUAUCUAUCUAUCUAUCUAUCUAUCUAUGUCUUUUCGUUAUCUAUGUUUCUUUGUUCAUUAUCUAUCUAUCUAUCUAUCUAUCUAUCUAUCUAUCUAUCUAUCUAUCUAUGUUUCUUUGUUCGUUGUCUAUUUAUGUAUCUAUGUCUUUUCAUUAUCUAUCAAUCUACCUACGUUUCUUUGUCCAUGUAUACAUCUAUGUCUUUUCGUGAUCUAUGUUUGUUCAUUAUCUAUCUAUCUAUCUAUCUAUCUAUCUAUCUUUACAACCGAAAUUCAUCUGUUCCUUAAAUAUUAUCUAUCUAUCUAUCUAUCUAUCUAUCUAUCUAUCUAUCUAUCUAUCUUUGUUUAUUUAUUUAUUAUCUAUCUAUCUAUCUAUUCAUUAUCUAUAUAUUUAUCGAUCUAUCUAUUCAUCUACGAAAAUCAAUCUUAA